AUGAAACUACAAGUUGUAUGUAAUAUUUGUUCUAAAGCCAUCGCUUAUCCUAUUCUGCUGAAAUGUGGACACGUCUAUGACAAAGAAUGCGCUCAAUUCUAUUCUAAAAUAUCAAGUAGUUGUCCACAGUGUCAACAAAUGUGUCUUGAUGAACCCUUUGAUGAUUUUGAUAUGAAAAUUUGUAGCAACAGUGAACAAUUAAUUGAUUUAAUAGAUGACCUUGACCUUAAAGACAAUGAUAAUUCAUCAUCUUCUGAUAAUGAAAAUGAUGUUCUAUUACUUGAAAAAGAAAAUGAACUACUUCAACAAAGGUUGAAGACUAGUUCAACAUUAUUAGGAUCCUCAAAUCAAGAAAUAGAGGUGUUACAGCAAAGUAAUAAGCAUAAAGACCAAGUCAUUAAAGAUUUGAAUUACGACGUAAAAAUAGUUAGAAAAGAAUAUUUAAGAUUAAAACGUAGUUAUGAUAGGUUAAACGUGAGCUACGAAUGUUUAAUGAAAGAAACAAGUACGAUUGAACCUGUUGAGAAAAUUUUAGAUAAACUUAUUAAAAUUAUUGUAAAAGAAAGGAACGUGGUCCAAACAGAUUAUCAAACCAUCCUUAGCAGAUUCAAAAAUGAAAAUUCAAAAAAGCCCAAACAAAAGCAGAAUAUGUAUGAAUUUCAACUAGUCCCUUCUACUAAACCCAAUCCAAAGCUGAAAUUAGCGGAGGAUUUUAAACAAGCCUUUAAAGAAUUACUUGAUCAUUAUGAUCAUCAGAAAACUAAAUUAUAUGCCAUAAAGUCAUUAAGAGAACGUGUCUAUAAAAAGGUGCUCAGAUUUAAUCAUUUAGCUGAACAAUUAUAA